AAAGAAAAGGAAAAUAGAACUGUAACCCAUGAUAAGAUAAGCAAUUUCAAGCGUCUUUCUUUGCCUUUUUCUUUCUGUGCGAUAAAAAUUGGAAAAUAAGAAAACGAAUGAGAGUGUCAGUUUUUGUAGAAUAUAAGAACAUUCCAUGAAACUUAAGAGAGAUCCUUAAAGAAAUGAAAACCCAAAUCCAAAUCUAAAAACACAACCACUUUUUCUUUUUUAACAUUAAAAGUUAAAACCCAUUUCUGUAGCUUCACAAGAAAGAGAGAGAGAGAAAGAGAUGAAGGAAUUGUUUGGGAGUCCAGGGAGAGUGAGUGGAUUGGGACUUAGAGUAGGACAAUUUGUGUUUGCUGCUGCUUCAAUUGGGGUUAUGGUUUCUGCUCGUGGAUUCUUUAACUCUACUGCUUUCUGCUAUUUAAUUGCAUCAAUGGGGCUUCAAGUUCUUUGGAGUUUUGGACUUGCAUGCCUUGAUAUGCAUGCUUUGAGAUCAAAGAGAAACCUGCAAAAUCCUGUCUUAGUGAGCUUAUUUGUUGUUGGUGACUGGGUUACAUCUAUUCUAUCACUUGCAGCUGCAUGUGCAUCUGCUGGAGUAACAGUUUUGUACACAAAAGACUUGCAUUACUGCAAAGCACCACCCUAUUUCCCAUGCAGCAGGUUCCAAAUCUCCAUUGCUUUUGCAUUUAUCUCAUGGUUUCUCCUUGCUGUAUCGUCUCAUGUUAUGUUUUGGCUUUUGGCAAACGUAUGAUUUAAUCUACAUCAACCACACAGAACCGGUAUUCAUCAUUUUACCAUGUAAAUAUUGUCAUUUCUGGAAUAUAUUCCCUUUUUCAUGGAAAUGUCAGAAUUAUUCCUUAUCAAUGGCAAGUUUCUUUCUCCUA